GAGGAAACCCAUAACUACAGAAAUAGUUACAUACUGGCUAAUGUGUAACAAUGGCGGAAGACAAUCAUUUGUCAAAUGUGGAUCUUUCUUGCUUGAAGUCUCCAACCUUCAGUACUGUGUCACUUACUGUAUAUGUGAUUGUGUGCACUGCAACAAUUUUCGGAAAUAUCUUAAUUCUUUUAAGCAUGUAUAAGUAUUCAAAUCGGUUUAAAGGUAAUCUGUAUAUGCUUAUAGGAAAUUUAGCAGUUGCCGACCUGUUGUUAGGUUUUUGGUUGCUUUUAUUCAUAUACGAGGAAAUAGUUCCAGAAGUACAACAAAUCUGGUUUUUCUGCUUGGCAAAACCUGUCGGAGUCUUUAUAUCGUAUUGUUGUUCAACUUUUACUUUACUUGUAAUAUCUUUUGAUCGUUUCAUAGCAGUAAUGUUUCCACUGAAAUAUAUAGAAAGAACGCACACACGAAUGUUGUAUAUAGUCACGUUAUUUACCUUGUGGUUCAUAUCUAUUGUCAUUGGAAGUCUUCCUGUGAUUUUAAACAGCAUCGGACCCCCACAAGAAACAUUUGUUUGUAAAAUUGGUGCUAUCCUACCCCAUGAUCUGGAGCUUUUACCGCUAGGAAUACUCGGGACAGUCUUUAUAGGCUUUACAUUGUACGGGAUUAUUUUGCGAAGGCUCAGAAGAAAGGAAAGCACUGGAAACAACGCUCGAAUGAAAAGGGCCUCAAAAACAGUAAUGAUGAUAUUUGUUUUUGUUGUUUUUAUGGUCCUUUGGCUUCCAUUUAUAAUAUGUUCAUGUCUUAUGCAGGUAGAUCUUGCGCCCUCUCUAUUUAAAAAUGUGGUAUGUGCAAGGGAAUAUUUAAUGAGACUUGGGUUACUUAAUUCUGCACUCAACUGGAUUAUUUACGGCCUUACAAAUGACAAAUUUCGCAUGGCGUUUAGGAACAUUAUUUGCUGCAAAUAAAGAACAUUUUAUUGACCCGAAUAUGCAUUUUACAGAAGGGAGUAGAGCAAAGUCGGCGUAUAAUGAGAUGUUACAUUGUGUGGAACAUCAUUAACCAAAUACAAUUGUAUGCACGUUCAAAUGUAACAGUGAUACUCGUUGCUUAUACGCAUAAUAAGAUACUAGAUUCUAUUGGGUGUUUGGACGUUGUACGUAAAAAUAUAUCCACACAUAUGUAAUCAAAAAAGUAGACGCUUUAAGAAAAGGAG